CGUGUCCCACCUGCCCUCAGCUUCCUCUCCUCCCAGUUCCUGGAGCCAUCUAACAGGAGGAGAGAGAAACACAGCUGGGAGGUGAUGUGUGGGAUGAUGAUUGGAAGAGCAAGUUGGUAGCAGGACAAGGUAUGAAUCAGGUGACGGGACAGACAGCGUCACCCCUUGUGGUCCCUGCCUCUGACCUUCCUUGGCCCACACUUUCGGGAUCAUGCUUCCUGGAGGCAGGUUUUCCCCAAGUGUCAUCACCAAGUAUGACAAAGUGUAAGACUAGGAGAACUAGAUCCCAUGGGACUGGCUCCCUGAGAGCCUCCCACUUGGGCUGGCUCCAAGGGCCCUGUCCUAGUCCCUGAGGGUCAAGCUCACCAUACUCCUAAACCCUAGAGGCCUGAUCCCUUUGCCCUUGGCCAGAGGUCAUUAUUCUGGAUUUUAGUCUGUCUCGUUCCUCUCCUCAUGUCAAACCAUCAGGCCUCCUUGAACCAUUUUUCUGCCUUAAAAAGAGCCUCUGGACUUUAUAGUCUCUCCCUGCUCAGAGAAAUGCGAAGCAGGUAAGAGACAGCUCUUGGAAAGAAAGGCGCUGUCAGCUCAAACUCAGUACCAUAAUUGUUCUGUCAGUAAUCAUCAUUCUGGGCCAGGCUUCCUGUGUAGAGUGGGCUCAAGACUCCCAGAGUUUGAAGAACAACUUUGCCAAUGGUGAGCUUAUUGCCUUAGUCUCGAUGCAGCAGAGGUGUGGAUGGGAGACGGGGGAGUGGCCACAGCCUCCCUCCCACUUAGUUCUGCUUUUGAUGCUUCUGAUAAGGACCUCCUGGGCCUUCAGCAUCCCUCAGUUGAGACGUGGGAGGAGAUUUGAGUGAGUGGGGCACUCAGUCCUCAUGUCAGGGGGCUGUGCCUGGAGUCCCGAUGCCCUCACCAGGAUGGCUGAGGGGGCCAGCUGGAAGCCCACAGAAGGCAGUAACUCCAUCAAAGGGCCAGCCCCAGGGAAUGGUACUCCUGGCCCAGAGGGGAGGGGGUGGGGUGAGAUGGGUGUUGGAGCCCCCCUGGCCCCGUUUCCUGUUGAGGAGGCAGGGGAAGGGUUAACUCCCUGCAGCGUGGGAGUGGGCCGCCGGCACAGGCUCCUUUGGGAUCUGCAUCUUCUGGGAACUGGCAGCAGGCAGGUUUCCCACCUCUGAAGGUGCCACCGGCUGCCCAGCCAGCAGGAAGGGGUUAACAUGCCCUGCGCGUCCUCCUGUGUCCUGUUACUGCUGAGGCAGACCUGCCCGGCCAGCUGAGCAACUUUCCUGCGAGUGCUGAGUGCUGCCUGCCGAGAAGGCAGGCCGGCCAGAGGAAGAGCUGCAGCCUGUUCUGGGACCCCGCGGCCGCCCUUCCGAGGGUGUUUGCGCCUCACAGGAGAGGGCGGGUCUCCAGGACGAGGGUUCGUGGUGGAUGGCUCUUGGGACGCCCCCAAGUCUGUGCCGUCCUCCUGCCGCGCAGGUCGGAGGGUCACUGCAGAGGCUGCUCAGGGUCCCGGGGCUGGGGCCAAGGGAGCCUGCACCGGAGACCCAUGUGGAACCCAGAGACACAGUUGCCCUGCUGAGAGCACCGCGGCCCAUCCUUGCAGACUGUGAUCUCACAACGGUGGCCCUCGGCCCUCCACCUCCGGCUGGGGCGGGGGCCGCCCAUCUCCAAGUCCCCAGCCAUGACGACCUCAGCACUGCGGCGCCAGGUAAAGAACAUCGUGCACAACUACUCUGAGGCAGAGGUCAAGGUCCGCGAGGCCACCAGCAAUGACCCGUGGGGCCCGCCCAGCUCGCUCAUGUCGGAGAUUGCUGACCUGACUUUCAACACAGUGGCCUUCGCCGAGGUCAUGGGCAUGCUGUGGCGGCGGCUCAAUGACAGCGGCAAGAACUGGCGGCACGUGUACAAGGCGCUGACGCUGCUGGACUACCUGCUCAAGACGGGCUCCGAGCGGGUGGCCCACCAGUGCCGCGAGAACCUCUACACCAUCCAGACACUCAAGGACUUCCAGUACAUCGACCGCGACGGCAAGGACCAGGGCGUCAACGUGCGUGAGAAGGUCAAGCAGGUGAUGGCUCUGCUCAAGGACGAGGAGCGCCUGCGGCAGGAGCGGACCCACGCCCUCAAGACCAAGGAGCGCAUGGCGCUGGAGGGCACGGGCAUCGGCAGCGGGCAGCUGGGCUUCAGCCGCCGCCAUGGCGAUGACUACGGCCGCUCACGCAGUUCCCCUUCCUCCUACAACUCCUCCUCCUCAUCCCCCCGCUACACCUCCGACCUGGAGCAGGCCCGGCCCCAGACGUCAGGAGAAGAGGAGCUGCAGCUGCAGCUGGCCCUGGCCAUGAGCCGUGAGGAGGCCGAGAAGCCAGUCCCCCCAGCCUCCCACAGGGAUGAGGACCUGCAGCUGCAGCUGGCUCUGCGCCUGAGCCAGCAGGAGCAUGAGAAGGAGGUGAGGUCCUGGCGGGGAGAUGACUCCCCGACGGCCAAUGGUGCUGAGGCCGCAGCCCGCUGUUGGCAGGACAGAGAGCCCGCAAGAGAAGAGAGGAAGGAAGAGAAGCUGAAAACCAGCCAGUCCUCCAUCCUGGACUUGGCGGACAUCUUCACAGCCGCCCCGGUCCCGCCCUCCACACACUGCUCUGCUGACCCAUGGGACAUCCCAGGUCUCAGGCCAAGCACAGAACCCAGUGGCUCCUCCUGGGGGCCUUCUGCAGACCCCUGGUCUCCCAUCCCCUCGGGAAGUGCCCUGUCCCGAAGCCAGCCCUGGGACUUGCCCCCUGUGCUCUCCUCCUCUGAACCCUGGGGCCGGACCCCAGUGCUGCCUGCUGGACUGCCCAGCACAGACCCCUGGGCACAGAAGUCCCCCCACCACAAACUUCCCAACACUGGCGCUGACCCUUGGGGGCCUUCGGUGGAGACCUCCAACAAACCUGGGCUGCUUGAAUGGAAAGGGGUCAGUCCAGUGCCUAGCCUUUUCGCCAGGCCAUCUCAUCUGCCUCUUCCUCCUUCACUAGCUCUUGGUGGUACCUCGACCUUUGACCCAUUUGCCAAACCUCCAGAAUCCACAGAGACCAAGGAAGGGCUAGAGCAUGCCCAGGCCCUGCCCUCUGGGAAGCCCAGCAGCCCUGUGGAGCUGGACCUGUUUGGAGACCCCAUCCCCAGUUCCAAGCAAAAUGGCACAAAGGAGCCAGAUGCCUUUGACCUGGGUGCACUGGAGGAAGCGCUAGCCCAGCCCAGUAAGGAGGCCCGAGCUUGCCGGACUCCUGAGUCUUUCCUGGGCCCCUCAGCCUCUUCUCUGGUCAACCUAGACUCAUUAGUCAAGGUGCCCCAGGCUGCAAAGACCCGGAACCCCUUCCUGACAGGACUCAGCGCUCCGUCCCCCACCAACCCGUUCGGCGGGGGCGAGCAGGGCAGGCCGACCCUGAACCAGAUGCGCAGCGGGUCGCCGGCGCUGGGCCUGGCGUCGGGCGGGCCAGUCGGGGCGCCCUCGGGCUCCAUGACCUACAGCGCCUCCCUGCCCCUCCCGCUCAGCAGCGUGCCAGCCGGCGUGACCCUCCCCGCCUCGGUCAGCGUCUUCCCGCAGGCCGGCGCCUUCACGCCACCGCCCGCGAGCCUGCAGCAGCCGCUGCUGCCCACGUCGGGGUCGGCGGGGCCACUCCACCCGCCCCCGCAGGCCAGCACCAACCCCUUCCUCUGAGCGCCUCCGCCCCGGCCGGCCGGCGCAUGCGCGCGAGCCCCGCCCCCACGGCGCGGACCGGCGCGGGGCGGGGCUGCCACUCCAGGACUGGUACCCGGAGCUCCGACCGGCAGAGAUCCCGCUCCCGCCCCGAGGCCUGCAAAGAUGCUGCUCCGGGCCUCCGCAGACCUUUGCCGCUCCAGGAGCUAGAGACGGACGACCUCCCAGGGACCGAGACCACGCCCCGUAAUAAAGACUGGAACCACGUCCUCAGCUCUCACCAGGAGGACUUUUUGCGUGGCCCCGGGGCGUGGCGGCCGGGUCUGGACCCCAACGCGAGUCACCUGCUGCUGUGGAAACAACUGCUUCAUAGUGCGGGGCACACCAAAUGCUCCCACUUUCCGUACAGCCCCCUCUGCCUGGCGCUUUCGCUUCCCGAUGCUCCCCAGGCUCUUACUCAUUCGAUCAUUUCAUUCAUCACACAGGGCCCUGGAGAUGAUACAAUAGCAAGGAACAGUGGGCGGUUGUUCCCAUUUAUUGCACACUCGUCACGUGCUAAGCACUUUAGGAACAUUAUUUCAUUUAAUCCUUGCAACAACCCUCUGAGGUAGAUAAUAAUAUUACUCCCAUUCAAGACUGGCUACAGAAUUUGUGGGGUCCAGUGCAUAAUGAAAAUGCAGGGGCCCUUGUUAAAUUUGCGUUAAGAAUUUCAAAAUGGGGGCACCAGAGCAUUAAACCAAGCGCAAAGCCUCGGCCCUGCUCCCAUUUUAUAGGUGAGGAAACUGAGGUUUGGAGAGGUUAAGCAGGGCAUGCUCGAAGUCACAAAGUUAGCACAGUGUGGGGCUGGGAUUCAGAGUCAGACAGUCUGGCUCCACAGCCCCGAGCUCCCGGGCUGGGCCCCAGAUUUAAUUAGCAAAUACUGACUGGCUGCUGUGGAUGAAUUCCUGGGCUUGCCUUGGAGGGAUCCAAGAAUUGCUAAGCCCACAGCCUCCAGGAGCUCAGAACUCAGUGGGGCAGGCAAGUCAGGUCCAGGAGCCCCCACGCUCCUUUGUUUUACUGAGUCACCUCAAAUCUGGCUCGACCUCUCUCUUCUCCUUCACCAGGGCUGGGAAGAAACCCAAUCUUAGCCAUGAAGAGGGAGCCUGACCCCACCUGGGGGUUUAUGUGGACUCUGGGAAACCAAGGGGAGGGGCAGGGCCUGGUACUUCAUCCUGUGGGCCACCAUAGUCACCCCUAUUCCUUUUCUACUCAAUGCUUUCCGGCCACUGGACCACUGGACACUGAUAUGUCCUCAAUGCUCAGGGUCUGGCCUUGCAGGCAGCCUGCUGCCAGCCCCCACCCCUUUUCAGGGCGCUGGGGGGAAAUGGCCUUCCAGUGGUCAGAAACACCAAAGUUGGCUGGGAGGAUGCAAUGCCGCUCUCCUUCCUAAGAUGGGGGUGGGGAAAGGAGCUGCUUUUCUUUUCUCUGGAGGGAGGGAGUCCCACCUUGGCUGUUCCAGUCAGGAUGGACAAGAGCACUUAGGAGUCAGAUCGACAGGGCUCAAAACUCUGCUCCCAGGUUUGCAGUUAGUAAUAAUCACUUAGUAAUAAGUGGUUAUGCUCGCUGACCUUGAGUAAAUUACUUAACCUAUGA